UUGAAAAGUCUCCCUUCCUCUCUGCGUGCCUCUGACGUCCUACGCGCCUUUUUCUUCUUCUUCCUCUUCCUCUUCCUCUUCUUCUCUCCGAGUCAUACCCACUACAGUCCACCGCGUUUCGGAAUCCAAUGGAGAGUUGAAGGCAUGGGAUGCGUUCUAGGGACGAAGUCCGCUGGCGAUCGCAACAGUCGCCGAAACCCCUCCCCAGCCUCCCGCCAGCGCCCUACCCGGAACGUCGAGCGGCUUCCUGACGGCGCCAGGGACGUCGUUAGGGUUGGAGCAGAGCGGGACGGUGCGAGGAUCCGCCGCUCCGGUGAUUGUCCGGCGCCAGGCCAUAGGCUUAAUCUGAAUCCCCUGUACGAGUUCAAGACUGGUCAGGAUUGGCCGCCGUGGUUGCUCGACGUCGCCGGCGAAGCCAUCAAGGAUUGGACCCCUCGCCGUGCCAACACGUUCGAGAAACUCGACAAGAUUGGGAAGGGGACGUAUAGCAAUGUGUAUAAAGCCAAAGACUUGAUUACUGGAAGGAUUGUGGCUUUGAAGAAGGUUAGGUUUGAUAAUUUGGAGCCGGAAAGUCUAAAGUUCAUGGUAAGGGAAAUUCUUAUUCUGAGAAAGCUAGAUCAUCCCAAUGUAAUCAAGCUUGAAGGCUUAGUUACGUCGAGGAUCUCCUCAAGUCUUUACCUUGUCUUGGAAUACAUGGAACAUGACCUAGCCGGCCUCACGGCUGUCCGGGGAAUCCACUUCACAGAACCACAGGUCAAGUGUUAUAUGAAGCAACUAUUGUCAGGGCUUGAGCAUUGCCACAAUAAUGGUGUGUUGCACCGUGAUAUCAAGUGUUCAAAUUUGCUUAUUGAUAAUGAAGGAAUUCUUAAAAUUGCUGAUUUUGGGCUAGCUUCUUUUUAUGAUCAUGAGUGCAAGCAACCAAUGACAAAUCAUGUUGUCACACUUUGGUACCGUCCCCCAGAACUACUUCUUGGGGCUACUUAUUAUGGUGUUGGUGUUGACCUGUGGAGUGCUGGCUGCAUUUUGGCAGAGUUACUUUCUGGGACACCAAUAAUGCCUGGGCGAACAGAGGUGGAGCAAUUGCACAAGAUAUUUAAGUUAUGUGGCUCCCCAUCCGAGGAAUAUUGGAAGAAAUCCAAGUUGCCAAAUGCAACUCUUUUCAAGACACAGCAGCCAUACAAAGGCUGCAUGGCUGAAACUUUCAAAAAUUUUCCACCAACUUCUCUUCCUCUAAUUGAAAAACUUCUUGCAAUUGACCCUGCCGAACGAGGUUCUGCAACUGCAGCUCUAAAUAGUGAAUUCUUUUUGACUGAACCUUAUGCUUGUGAGCCGUCAAGUUUACCGAACUAUCCUCCCAGCAAAGAAAUAGAUGUGAAAUUCAGGGAUAAAGAAGCAAGAAGGCAAAGAGCUUUAAAUGUCAAUGCUAAUAUCAUUAAUGGGAAUAGAAGAAGAAAAGCUCGUAAUGUGGGUGGCCAGGCAAUACCGGCUCUUGGUGCCAAUGCAGAGAUCCAGAGAAACUUGGAUAAUUCAAGAUUUAUGGCACAAGGAAAUGCUAGGAGCAAAAGCCAAAAAUUCCCACCUCCCCAUCAAGAUGGAGCGGUAGGUCAUCCUCUUUAUAGAUCGCAAAAUGGUCCAGUCUCAUUGGGUGCGCCUGAUACUUCUUUCGAUUCAUCAAUCUUGAUGCCGGAGUCAUCUGGGCCUGUCAAAAAUAGUGCAGCCACAGCAGGAUCUUCCAGGAGGAGGAUCGAAAAAAAGGAGCCGCAGCUGGCCCCUUCUGGAAGAUUUUUCCGUGCUUUCAUCCCAUCCUCUGUUGGAUUAUCCACGGAGUUCAGAUCAAAGGGUAAAGGACAGGCUUUUAACACCAGAAGGUAGAGAGACAAAUGUUGAAGAAUCAGGUGAUGCAAAUUUUUUGGAAGAAGUUCGAGUGGCAAGGCGGAGUACAUUAUAGUCUUAUAAGUGUUUUGAAUUAAAAACAAAUAGAACAAGUUGUAUUUGUUUUUCCUUAUGUUCAAAGGACAAAAUAAAAAGGCUCUUAAAGAUAGAGGAUUGUUUAUAUGGUGCCCGACACGGGCAAAAUCAGAAGAGGGGUGUGCCCCCCUGCAUGCCUGCGUCGGGCACGAACAACAGAUCAUCCAUUCUUAAAGAUAUUGAUUUUUUGUUUUCCUGCUACUUUAGCUGAAGUAGCCGAACUUAAUUGUUGGGCUAACCAACAUUAUAUUAAAUUCUAUUACUAUCUGAAA